CUGGGUCUGAUUGGCUCCCCGGCUCAAUUCCGCUGGGAGUCGCAUCCUACCUGGUUGGGAGGUGUACUGCCUUACCACUCUCCCCCGCUGUACUCUCCUGGCUGCUGCCGAGGUGAGAGAAAAAGUCCUAGCUUGGAGAACUGAGAGGAAAAAGCGAUCCUGAUGGGUUCUUGGAAAGCUUUUCUCUUCUCCCCUUUUCUUCUGUGGAGUCAAAGUGGAGUGGUGAGGCUGAUGUUCUUGUUACUGACCCUGCAUCUGGGAAACUGUGUUGAUAAAGUGGAUGACGAAGAUGAUGAGGAUUUAACAGUGAACAAAACCUGGGUCUUGGCACCAAAGAUUCAUGAAGGAGAUAUAACACAAAUUCUCAACUCAUUGCUUCAAGGCUAUGAUAAUAAACUUCGCCCAGAUAUAGGAGUGAGGCCCACAGUAAUUGAAACUGAUGUUUAUGUAAACAGCAUUGGACCAGUUGAUCCCAUAAAUAUGGAAUACACAAUAGAUAUAAUUUUUGCGCAAACCUGGUUUGACAGUCGUUUAAAAUUCAACAGUACCAUGAAAGUGCUUAUGCUUAACAGUAAUAUGGUAGGGAAAAUUUGGAUUCCUGACACGUUCUUCAGAAACUCAAGAAAAUCUGAUGCACAUUGGAUAACAACUCCUAAUCGUCUGCUUCGAAUUUGGAAUGAUGGACGAGUUCUAUAUACUCUGAGAUUGACAAUCAAUGCAGAAUGUUAUCUUCAGCUUCAUAACUUUCCUAUGGAUGAACAUUCUUGCCCACUGGAAUUUUCAAGCUAUGGGUACCCUAAAAAUGAAAUUGAGUAUAAGUGGAAAAAACCUUCUGUAGAAGUGGCUGAUCCUAAAUACUGGAGAUUAUAUCAGUUUGCAUUUGUAGGGUUACGGAACUCAACUGAAAUUUCUCACACAAUCUCUGGGGAUUAUAUUAUCAUGACAAUUUUUUUUGACCUGAGCAGACGAAUGGGAUAUUUCACUAUUCAAACCUACAUUCCGUGUAUCCUGACAGUUGUUCUUUCCUGGGUGUCUUUUUGGAUCAAUAAAGAUGCAGUACCUGCAAGAACAUCACUUGGUAUCACUACAGUUCUGACUAUGACAACUCUGAGUACAAUCGCCAGGAAGUCCUUACCUAAGGUUUCUUAUGUGACUGCGAUGGAUCUCUUUGUUUCUGUUUGUUUCAUUUUUGUUUUUGCAGCCUUGAUGGAAUAUGGCACCUUGCAUUAUUUUACCAGCAACAAAAAAAUAAAGACUGCUAGAGACAGAAAGCUGAAGAAUAAAAGCUCGAUGUCCCCUGGACUCCAUCCUGGAUCCACUCUGAUUCCAAUGAAUAGCAUUUCUCUGCCACAUGGAGAAGAGGAUUAUGGGUAUCAGUGUUUGGAGGGCAAAGAUUGUACCAGCUUCUUCUGUUGCUUUGAAGACUGCAGAACAGGGUCAUGGAGGGAAGGAAGGAUACACAUACGCAUUGCUAAAAUUGACUCCUAUUCUCGAAUAUUUUUCCCAACAGCUUUUGCCCUGUUCAAUCUGGUUUACUGGGUUGGCUAUCUUUACUUAUAAGUUCUAUUUACCAGGCAAAAAUCAUAAGAAGUUUAACUGAAUCCAAUACAAUUUAUUGCACUUCAGUAAUACGAAGUUUAAAUUUAAAAUGCAGAGAAACCAAUGGUUAAAAUGUAAAAAUAUUGUAACUGUUCUACGGAUUCAUAGGUAAAUACAGUAGCAGCUUUCAUGUUAAUUACUUCACUGUAU